AUGGCCCAGGGACUAGUGACGUUUGAAGAUGUGGCCAUAGACUUCUCUCAGGAUGAGUGGGCAUGCCUGGACCCUUCUCAGAGGGACCUGUACUGGGAUGUGAUGCUGGAGAACUACAGCAACCUCGUCUCUCUUGAUUGGGUGUCUUCCUUUGAGACCGAGAGCUUAUCUUCAGUGAAGGACAUUUACGAGAUGAGUUUCUCCCAGUGGAACGCACGUCGGAAACGUCAAUCCGCUGCUGGCCGUGACUGGAAGUGCAUAGGUGAGCUGGACGUAGCUACGCUAGCGCGGGGACGUCUACAGGGACGUCUCCAACCAAAGGCCGCGAGCUCUGACAGAGCGCCCCCUUGUGGACAAGGCACCUCCUCGGCUAGACCACCGCAGAAGCCCCCGAGCAGAGAGAGCUCCUUUGAGUGCAAGGAGUGUGGGAAGGCCUUCAGCCGUGGCUACCAGCUUGCUCAACAUCAGAAGAUUCACACGGGCGAGAAACCUUACGAAUGCAAGGACUGUAAGAAGGCCUUCCGCUGGGGCAAUCAGCUGACCCAGCAUCAGAAGAUCCAUACCGGGGAGAAGCCGUACGAAUGUCAGGACUGCGGGAAGGCCUUCCGCUGGGGGUCGAGUCUCGUGAUCCACCGGAGGAUCCACACGGGCGAGAAGCCGUACGAAUGUAAAGACUGUGGGAAGGCCUUCCGGCGGGGCGAUGAGCUGGCCCAGCACCUGCGCUUUCACACGGGCGAGAAGGACUACGAGUGCAAAGACUGUGGCAAGACCUUCAGCCGCGUGUACAAGCUCAUUCAGCACAAGAGAAUCCACAGCGGCGAGAAGCCGUACGAGUGCAAGGACUGCGGCAAGGCCUUCAUCUGUGGCUCCAGCCUCGUUCAGCACAAGAGGAUCCACACCGGGGAAAAGCCCUUCGAGUGCCAGGAGUGUGGCAAGGCCUUCACCCGCGUGAAUUACCUUACGCAACAUCAGAAAAUCCACACUGGGGAAAAACCCCAUGAGUGCAAGGAGUGUGGGAAGGCCUUUCGAUGGGGCUCAAGCCUCGUCAAACACGAGCGAAUCCACACGGGCGAGAAGCCCUACAAGUGUGCUGAGUGUGGGAAGGGUUUUAACUGUGGUUACCACCUGACUCAGCACGAGAGAAUCCACACGGGGGAGACGCCUUACAAGUGCAAGGAGUGCGGGAAGGCCUUCAUUUACGGCUCCAGCCUGGUGAAGCACGAGAGAAUCCACACAGGUAAGAAACCCUACCAAUGCACCGAGUGCGAGAAGGCCUUUGGCCAUCGCCAUCAACUGACCCAACACCAGAAAAUCCACCAGAAGUGUGCAGCACGGACCGCAGAAAGGCUUUGA